AUGGCUAACACAAACGAUACCAUAUUCGCUCGUGACAAAGGAUUCUGGGAAAAUUAUCUCAGGGGUCGACCACGCGCACCUGAUGUCUUUUUUGAGCGUAUUUUUCGGUAUCACGAGGAGAGUGGCGGGCAAUUCGGUACUGCCCACGACGCAGGAGCUGGGAAUGGGCCAUAUGCUCAGAUUCUACGUUCGAAGUUCCAGCGCGUUAUAAUCUCAGAUAUUGUCUCAGAAAAUGUCAAACUCGCGAAGGAUAGGUUGGGAUCCGACAAUGGCUUCACUUAUCGUGUUGCUAAAAUUGAGGAAGCCAGCGACAUACCAUGCUACAGCGUCGAUUUGGUCUUUGCAACAAAUGUAGUACAUUUUGCUGACCAAAAAUUGACAGCUCAGGCUAUUUCAAACCAAUUGAAAAGUAACGGUACAUUUGUUGCUGCUGGCUUUGGGCCUGCGCGGUUUGUGGACCCGAAAGUACAGGGUGCAUGGUCUGGUAUUUACCAUCAAGGUGGUCGAGCUGUUCUCAAAACAUCAGACGAGCUUGAAGAAACGAUCAAAAUUAUGGAACGAAGUUCAAACUAUUACAACGUGGUGCCUUUAGACGAAAAGUUUUUUCAGCCUGGUGCAAAAAGAAUUCACCUAAAUAUGGACCAGGGAGGGUUGACACCUCUCCUACCACCUGAGUACGGACAGAAAGCGUCUGAACCCGACUAUACUGGACCAAACGAUAUCGUUACCUUCGAAAACGAAGACGGUUGGAGCUUCAAGACCGAUCUAGAUGGUCUCAAGGAACAUUUUAAGACAUUCCCAUUCUCAGCUAUCGAUCCCUCUAGUUACAAUAAAUUAUGGCAAGAACUAGAAGAGCUGCUCAAAGACGGACGGGUGGUUGAAGGAUAUUUCCCUGCUAAAAUUAUCUUAGCAAAGCGAUGUUAG